AUGGAUGGCCGGCAGCUAUGGACGUAUCUUCAGCGCACUGCUAAAGAGGGUCCCGAGUUCACUGCUAAAGAGGGUCCCGAGCUCACUGCUAAAGAGGGUCCCGAGUUCACUGCUAAAGAGGGUCCCGAGCUCACUGCUAAAGAGGGUCCCGAGUUCACUGCUAAAGAGGGUCCCGAGCUCACUGCUAAAGAGGGUCCCGAGCUCACUGCUAAAGAGGGUCCCGAGCUCACUGCUAAAGAGGGUCCCGAGUUCACUGCUAAAGAGGGUCCCGAGCUCACUGCUAAAGAGGGUCCCGAGCUCACUGCUAAAGAGGGUCCCGAGCUCACUGCUAAAGAGGGUCCCGAGUUCACUGCUAAAGAGGGUCCCGAGCUCACUGCUAAAGAGGGUCCCGAGCUCACUGCUGAAGAGGGUCCCGAGCUCACUGCUGAUGAGGGUCCCGAGUUCAUGGCUAAAGAGGGUCCCGAGUUCACUGCUAAAGAGGGUCCCGAGCUCACUGCUGAAGAGGGUCCCGAGCUCACUGCUGAUGAGGGUCCCGAGCUCACUGCUGAUGAGGGUCCCGAGCUCACUGCUAAAGAGGGUCCCGAGCUCACUGCUAAAGAGGGUCCCGAGCUCACUGCUGAUGAGGGUCCCGAGCUCACUGCUAAAGAGGGUCCCGAGCUCACUGCUAAAGAGGGUCCCGAGCUCACUGCUAAAGAGGGUCCCGAGUUCACUGCUAAAGAGGGUCCCGAGCUCACUGCUGAUGAGGGUCCCGAGCUCACUGCUGAUGAGGGUCCCGAGCUCACUGCUAAAGAGGGUCCCGAGUUCACUGCUAAAGAGGGUCCCGAGUUCACUGCUAAAGAGGGUCCCGAGCUCACUGCUGAUGAGGGUCCCGAGCUCACUGCUAAAGAGGGUCCCGAACUCACUGCUGAUGAGGGUCCCGAGCUCACUGCUAAAGAGGGUCCCGAGCUCACUGCUGAUGAGGUCCCAAGUUGGGAUCGAAAUAUAGAGUCUGCAUUUUCUCGUGUUUCCAAAAUAGUCUGUUAUUUUUUUUAUUGGUUAUUGCGUUAUUGA